AUGGAAAAUUUUGAAAAAUGGAAUAAAUUAGUGAAAAGUGGAUCGUACAAUAGAAGUUUGAAAAAAUACGUAGCUAUAACAUCACCAGAUUCUGAAGAAAAUGUGUGUCAAUUGGGAAUCUCAGAACCGACAGGAAGCACUUCUAUGUUGUGUAUGCCCAUCGAACCCCUAGCGGAUUGCCAAAGAGAUACAAAUAAUUUGGCACCAUUUGAGGAUCACGAUGGUGAGCUGUCGGAAAUAGAUGACGUGGAUUUCACAGCGCAAGAAGAUGACUACUACAGCCUCGACGGUAAUUCCAGUGAUUUCGAAGCAAGCCAUGACACCGUGGAAGAAGACCUCGCAGGAUUCCUUCAAAAAUGGAGUUUAGAUCACAACAUACCACAUUCCGCUUUGAAGCCUUUGUUGGUCCGGUUGUCUCAAUAUGACCGUACACUUCCUGAAGAUCCUCGACGUUUGUUGGAGACUCCACGGAAUUUGGCCAACGUUGUACAAAUCCAAGGUGGCCAAUACUGGCAUCACGGUCUCGAAAACUGUCUUCGAUUCGCUUUUGGUAACCUAGCAGAACCUAGAAAUAUUUCAAUCAAUAUAAACAUUGAUGGAUUGCCAUUAUUCAAAAAUGGUACAGACCAAGUAUGGCCUAUACUAUUCAAUGUUCAUGAAGAAGAAAGGCUAAAACCAAUGAUCAUUGGAAUUUUCUAUGGUAAAUCAAAACCAAAGCGCGUGGAAGAAUAUCUGGAACCUUUUGUUGCGGAGGCAAUUCCUAUUUUGAACUCGGGGAUAGUUAUCAAUGAGCACAAAUUGCAGGUAAAAAUCAGAUCCUUCAUAUGCGAUUCACCGGCCAGAGCGUUUAUUAAAGGCACAGCUAAUUUCAAUGCUUUUCAUGGUUGCUUGAAGUGUACUGUCGUCGGAGAGCGUCAAAACGAUUUGCACACUAACGUUUUUCCUACGACCGCUGCACCGAAACGUACAGACCUGGAGUUCCGAAAUAAGGCUUAUGGCGCGCAUCAUCAAGUGUACAAAGUCUUAGAGAAUGGAAAGUCAAAAAAAGUUUAUGUAGAGACCCCUCUGUUACGCCUACCGUUAGAUAUUGUGGAGGAUGUCAUAGUGAGCGAUUCACUACAUCUUCUUCACCUUGGAAUUACCAAAAAACUAUUAUCGAUCUACAAAGAUGGCCAAAUCCACCACAAAAAAUGGUCACCGGAUACUGUAAUAGCUAUUGACAAAAUAUUGAACACUAUUAAGCUUCCAGUGGAAAUACAUCGCCAAGUUCGUGGUUUACAUUACCUGAGCCACUGGAAAGCUUCCGAAUGUGGUUCAUUCUUAAAUUACAUAGGAAUAGCUAUCUUAUCUGAAUUUAUCGACAAGGCACAAUUUGAAAACUUUACUAAUUUAUUUUGCGCUGUAACAAUUUGUUCUAACGAUUGUUACAAGACCUAUCUACCUGUAGCGCAGCUACUCUUUGAGGAUUUUGUCGAGAAGUAUGCAAAACAUUUCAAAUCGGUUACAAGUAAUCAGCACAAUCUCGUUCAUGUUGUUGAUGAAGUACGCCGCUUUGGUGCAUUACAUACUAUUUCAUCGUACCCAUUUGAAAAUCAUUUGUUUCAAAUAAAAAAUCUGGUUAGAUCAGGUCGAUUACCACUAAACCAAAUUAUCAACCGUAUCGCGGAGAAACAACGACAGGGCCACGACGAUCAGAUGGAUAAAUGCUACCCCAUGCUAAAAUAUCCUUGCAAGGAUAACAAUUCUAUUUACUUGUGCAUCGUCCUUAAAGAGGGGUUAACCCUGUCCAAUGACUUUCCUAACAAGUGGUUCCUAAGUUCGACUAAAACGGUACAUGCUAUGGUUUAUGCAUCCAAAGAUGGAAUACAUGGCCAAAAGCUCAAGCAUGUUGAAACCCAUUUUAAAACCCCGUUCCAGUCUAUGAAUUUGAACGUUUUCCGAUCAAAACACGAUCACAUCUUUGAGUCCCUCAGGCUACAUUCAUUGAAUGAUGUAUUCUGUAAACUUGUGGCAAUUUCUGUGCCAGGUAAAACCGUCUUUAUUCCACUCCACCACACAUUAUCUGCAUAUAAAAAACAAUAA